AUGGUCUACGCUGCUUGGGCUCUGUUGAGCCUUGCAACUUUGAGCCAUGGCUACGCGACCGAGAAGCGAGCCGGCUCAGCUUCUGCGUUUAGUUCCAAUUCCGCCGGCAACUACAAGCUAUCUUCAAUUGCUGCACCAGUGCAAGGAAGUGGCAAUCCUGGAUCGGAGUCGACUUGGAAAUUGAGCAUUGAUGAUACCAGCUCUGGACACAAGCAAUCCAUUACUGGGUUUGGCGCAGCUGUGACAGAUGCGACGGUGACCACGUUCAAUAGACUUUCCAGCUCGAAUCUCCAGUCGCUGCUCGAAGAGUUGAUGACCAACUCUGGUGCAGACUUCAGCUUGAUGCGUCACACCAUCGGUGCAUCUGAUCUCUCGGGCGACCCGGCAUACACCUACGAUGAUAAUGGAGGUUCUGCCGACCCUUCGUUAUCCGGCUUCAAUCUGGGCGACCGCGGAACCGCCAUGGCGAAGAUGCUGGCGAGAAUGAAAUCCUUGCAGUCAAAUCUGAAGAUCCUGGGCUCUCCAUGGAGCGCUCCUGGCUGGAUGAAACUCAACGGUGUCAUUGAUGGCACCACCAAUCAAAACAAUUUGAACGACGGGUAUCUGAGCAGCGGGACAGGUAGCUCCGGUUACGCUCAAGCCUUUGCCAACUAUUUUGUGAAAUACAUCAAGGCAUAUCAGAAUCUCGGCGCCAAUAUUGAUGCAAUCACUAUUCAGAAUGAGCCUCUGAACAGCCAGUCAGGCUAUCCGACCAUGUAUGUGUAUGCAGACGAGUCUGCGCAGCUCAUCCAGAAGUACGUCGGACCUGCCAUCUCCCAGGCCGGUUUAAAUACCAACGUCUGGGCCUACGAUCACAACACUGAUGUCCCAUCUUACCCCCAAACUGUCCUCGACAAUGCUGGACAAUAUGUUAACUCUGUGGCGUGGCAUUGCUAUGCCCCCAACAAUGACUGGGGUGUCCUCACUCAAUUCCACAACUCCAACCCUUCCGUGAGCCAGUACAUGACCGAAUGUUGGACUCCCGCCGGAACAUGGAAUCAAGCAGCCGACUUCACCAUGGGGCCCCUUCAAAACUGGGCCCAAGGAGUCAUUGCCUGGACUCUGGCAACGGACGGCUCUGAUGGACCUCAUCUGUCCAGCGGUGGUUGCGGGAACUGCCAGGGACUGGUGACCAUCAAUGGCGACAGCUACUCAUUCAACCCGGCAUAUUACAUGAUGGCCCAGUUCAGCAAGUUCAUGCCGCCUGGUGCUAUUGUGUUGGAUGGAACUGGGAGCUACACUUACUCUGGGGGAGGUGGUGUGCAGUCUGUUGCUUCGUUGAACCCAGAUGGGACACGAUCCGUCGUCAUUGAGAACACGUUCAACAACGAUGUUUACGUCACAUUGUCCACCAAGAGUGGUCAGCAGUGGAGUGGGAACAUCCCGAGCGAGUCGGUGACUACCUGGGUACUUCCCGCGGCGUGA